AUGAGUACAAAUUUGGCAUGUGUAUUACACGGUAAGAAUGAUCUUAGAAUGGAGGAACGUGAAAUACCGGUUCCAAAAUCCGGUCAAUUAUUGCUUAAAGUAGCUGUCGUUGGUAUAUGUGGUACGGAUAUAAGUUUUUGGACACGCGGUGAAAUUGGACCUUUCAAGCCAUUAAAACCAAUGAUAAUGGGCCAUGAAUGCAGUGGUAUUGUUUCCGGUUUAGGGCCAGAUGUUAAAGGAUUUAUCAUCGGUGAUAGAGUAGCAGUUGAACCAGGUCUACCAUGCCGAAAAUGUCAACUGUGUAAACGUGGACGAUAUAAUUUAUGUCAUCAAAUGGAAUUUUUUGCACUUCCACCUACAGAUGGCGCUAUGCGACAAUUUGUUACUGUUGAUGCUGAUUAUUGCUUUAAAAUUCCAAAUAAUAUGUCAAUGGAAGAAGCAUCGUUUUUGGAACCACUAAGUGUUGGUUUACACGCAUGUCGUAAAGCAAAGAUAGGAAUUGGUAAUAAGGUAUUGGUACUUGGUGCAGGUCCAGUUGGUUUAAUCACAAUGAUGAUAGCAAAAGCAACAAAUGCAACGAUGGCAUUGAUUACUGAUAUUAACGAUCAACGAUUAAAAGUUGCUAAAGAAGUUGGUGCUGAUGAAACACUUAAUGUUAAUGGUCUUAGCACGGAAGAUGCAGUAAGAAUUAUCGUGGAAAAAUUGGGUGAAGCACCGGAUGUGGUCAUUGAAUGUUGUGGGGUACAAUCAAGCAUUGAAUUAGCUAUCAAGUCAGUAAAAGAUGGUGGUACAGUUAUGUUGGUAGCAUUGGGUGCUGAAUAUGUGAAAGUUCCAAUACUUGAAGUAGUCGCUAAAGAAGUCAAUCUACACGGUGUUAUCAAAUAUUCUAAUACAUGGCCAGCAGCAAUCGAAAUGAUUCGAUCAGGAAAGAUUAAAUUAGACAAAUUGACAUUGGCGCAUUACAAACUUGACGAAGCUUUGGAAGCAUUUAAGUAUGCUCAGAAAGGUGAAGUUAUCAAAGUAUUCAUCAAUUGUGGUUCAUGA